AAUAGUCUGCAACCCUUUGUUGUACGACACGAACGUUGUUCACUUUGCAGCAGUCAUGAGUUUUCAAAUUGCAUAUUGUGGAAGUGAAUGUUUCGAAAUCGAUGAACAGAAAGAACACGGUGAAAAUAAGGAAACCAAUAAUCAGAUCAGAUUACAAAACUAUACAGAGGACAAAAAAAUCGGUGAAGGCGACAAAAGCAUUGCCACCGAGGCAACAUCAACAUGGCUAAAUUUUGUAAAGCUUCAUUUUACUAAUGAUGAAGUUGUAAACAAAAUUAAACGAAGGAGAAAUUGCGCUGAGUUUGUUCAAAAACAAGUUGCAAAUGCAAGUAAAUCUUGUUUAUUACCGAUUGUUUCUGGACUCAAUAUAACGGACUCCAAGACAGUUGAAACAGGCACAAUCACCUUGGAUGAAAGACUGAUAGAAACCGAGGAUGCUAUAGUCCCUCCUCCUGUGAAAAUGUCUGCAUUCCUGUCGUCUGCAGCAAACCCGUGGACAGCAGACGACAAUGACGAAAAUGUAUUACCUGAAGUAGAGCAGGUUCAACCGACAGAAGGGUGCUUGUGUUGGCCUCUUGUUCAUUGGAUAUACAGAAUACGGUACCGACUGUUUGACAAGAAAAAGGACAAGAAACUUCAGAAAAAAUACAAAAUCUAUGGAUUAUGAAUACAGAGAAAUACUACGAUAUUAAAAGCACAGACAGAAGAAUAGUUUGGCCUGAAUUUUUUAUUAAUAAAAUAGACUGCAAAAUCAUAA